GUUUUGCAAUUCACUACUUUCAAUUUUACUGGAAUCUUAAAUUUUUCAAUGUAGCCCUUGUACUUUCAAUUUUACUGGUUAUUUGAUGAAUUUCAAUGGAGUUUCUCCCAAAAUAGAAGAGAGCCCAGUUCAAAUCCCACCCUUCACUCUCCAUGGCGGCACCCAAUCGCUCCCCUAUGCGUGUUCUAAUCCGUCCUCCAUCAUCUUCUUCUAUCACUCUUCCUUCCACCACCACUGUUCUACCACAACCCGCUGCCAUCCAUCAACCACCACCACCACCACCAUCGGCUCUUCCACCUCUUCCUCCCCCUCCUCCUCCUUCAACAACAUCCCGGCAAAACAGCGUUGUCGUGGUCGGAUUCGUUGGCCGGCGCAAAGGUGACGUGAGUCAAUUAAUCAACCGGAUUAUAGAUGCCAAUGUGUUUCGUUCCGGGGAUGCUGACGUAGCAUUGGGGUUUGAGAAAACAGGGGAAAUCGUGACGGAUGAGGUCAAGGAUUGGUUUAAGCAAAGACAAAUUAGUUAUUAUCAUGAGGAGACAAAGGGGGUUUUGUAUUUGCAGUUUUGCUCCACCAAGUGUCCGGUUAUGGAAGGGUUUUCGGAGGUCCCAAGUGGGUUUGAUUCGGUUUUUGAAAAGCAGGAGUUUGGGGAUCUUCAAGGGAUGCUGUUUAUGUUUUCUGUUUGCCAUGUGAUCAUAUUUAUGCAAGAAGGCUCACGCUUUGAUAUCCAAAAUCUAAAAAAGUUUCGAGUGUUACAAGGUGCUAAACAUGCAAUGUUUCCAUUUAUCAAAUCACAAACACUACAAUCAACAACAUCAAGAUCACACACAUCUUCUUCUUCACACACUUCUCCUUCAAGAACACCUUCAAAAAACCGUUCCCCUGGUAAAAAUGGUCCACCCAUGGCUCGCAAUCCUUCAUCAGUCUCAUUAAUGUCAGGUUUAGGCUCAUACACAUCUUUAUUUCCAGGACAAUGUACUCCAGUUAUACUCUUUGUUUUUCUUGAUGAUAUCUGUGAAUCUGGUUCUUCUUCUUCUUCUACUUCUUCUCCUUCUAACCCAGAUGAGUCAACUCAGUCUAGAUCAACUUUACCCAUGAAAGGAUCUGGUUCAGUAGUUGUACUUUCACGCCCUGUUUCAAAACCAGAAGGUGGUUUCAAGAAGAAACUACAGUCAUCUCUUGAAGCACAAAUCCGGUUUUCAAUCAAAAAAUGUCGGGUACUUUCGGGUUCUGAAACGGGUCCUCCCGGGUCAAGAAAUGGACCCGGACCCAUUUCAAGUCACAUGCCUUUGUUUUCACUUGAUGGGUCUAAAGCUGUUUUGCUUCUUGAUAAACUCUCAAACAAUUCAGGCGAAUCUUUAGAGUUUGCCAGUAGUAUUGUGGAGAAUGUUCUAGAAGGUAUCUCAACUUCAGACUCACUUCUACUUGAAACCCAUAGUCAAAGUUCAAAUAAAGAAGACAUUCUUUCUUUAAAGGAGUUCAUUUACAGACAAUGUGAUAUUUUAAGAGGUCGAGGGAGUAUCAGUGUCUCUGGUGGUGGUGGUGGGAUGGUGGCGGUGGCGGCUGCUGCAGCUGCCGCCUCGGUAGCUUCCGGAAAGCCGCCGCCUUUAACUCCCGAUCUUCCAUCUCUUGAUGUCUGGUUGACUUCCAGUCAAACCAUUUUACAUGGGCUUCUUUCUGCUAAACCUGUGUUUAUACCUGAAUCUGAACAAACCAAAAGAAGAUCAAGACAACGAAAUAACGUUUCAGUUUCAGUUAUUGAAGGAAGUCAAACAAAAGUCAACGACCCUUUAGAACUUGCAGCAACAUAUUUGGAUAACAGUAAAGGGCUGAAUAGUAAAUUUUCAAUUUCUUGGUGUCAAAGAGCUUUACCUGUUGCUAAAGAUGUCUACUUACACGAUUUGCCACCAUGUUAUCCAACAUCACAACACGAAACCCAUUUGUCAAAAGCUUUGACUUCUUUUAGGUCAAUGGUCAAAGGUCCAGCUGUGGAUUUUUAUCUGAAAAAACUGGAAAACGAAUGCACAUCGAUUUGGAUUUCGGGUAGACAACUAUGUGAUGCAGUUAGUUUAACAGGAAAAUCAUGUAUUCAUCAAAGACAUGACUCUUCUUUACCACAUUGUAGUGGUUUUGUUUUUCUUCAUGCGUGUGCAUGUGGGAGAUCAAGGAAAUUACGAUUAGACCCUUUUGAUUUUGAAGCAGCUAAUGUGAACUUUAGUUGUUACCCAGAAUGUGAUAAACUUCUUCCUACCCUUGUUUUACCAGAAGGGAACACAGAAGGGCCUAUUCAGUCAAAAUCUUGGAGUUUGACUCGAAUUGGAGGAUCAAGAUACUAUCAACCUUCAAAAGGGCUUCUCCAAAGUGGGUUUUCAAAUACAGAGAAGUUUCUUCUAAAGUGGAAAUUUUUUCUUGAAAAACACAAGGAAUUCAGUAAAGAUUCAAGGGUUGAAGUUGUUUCAGAUGUAAAGGUGAAAAAAACAGACAAUGGGGUGGAGAUUAAUUCUAAAUCCAAGAAUCUUGAUGACAAUAAGAGUAAUUCCACUAAAAUUGUUCCUAAUUUUACAAUGAAAAAGCCUUUUUCUGAAGUUGUUGCAGGAUCAUCAUCUACAAGUUCUGGGUUUCCUCCACUUCAAUUAAAAAAGAAAACUUUAUUAACUUUGGAAAAUGUUAAUAAAGAAAAGAACAUUGGAGAAACACCACAUGAUAAUCAAGAAUCUAAAAAAAUCGGGACUUUGUCUUCUGUUCAUGAAGAUGGAAACGGGAACACUAAUGGCAAUCCGUUUCUACAAAAGGGUAGUUUUGGUAAUUUGUUAAACAUGAAUGGUAGGGAGAACAAUUCUUUAAAUCAGGUGGUGGUUUACAUUGGAUUUGAGCAUGAAUGUCCAUGUGGACACAGAUUCAUAUUGACACCAGAUCAUCUAAAAGGGCUUGGAUCCAUUUAUGCAGUGGAUGAAUCUGCUGAAAAUAAUUUGGAUCGUAGAGGGGUAGAUUCGUCAAAGAUGGGUAAAUAUGGAGGGCAUGGUAAAAUCCAUAGACACUCAAAUAGAAUGAUGAAUCCUGGUGUUAGUAAGGUCAGAAAUCCAGUAAAGUCAAAAGAAAUAGGGAGUAAUGGUAAUCAAGGACAAAAUGGUCACAAAGAUAUUGAAGGAAGUCUUGAGUCAAUGAUUCUUGAUGAUGAUGGCAAUGGUGUUUUUCCUUUACUAAAUAGAAACUUACCAUUGUACCUAAAUUGCCCUCAUUGCCAGAUCCAUAAGAAUAAGAAUGAUUCACCAAAUGUUCAAUUUGCUGGCACUAUUUCACAGCUUCAGAGAAUAUUUCUGGUUACACCUCCCUUCCCUGUUGUCUUGACUACAUGUCCAGUUAUUCAAUUUGAGGUGUCAUGUCUACCUCCAUCAGUGGUUGACCAUCACCAUGAACAGAAACUGCAGUUCAGCCUUGGUUGUCCGGUGAUAUUGCCGCCAGAGAGCUUCCUCUCCCUCAGGCUUCCAUUUGUUUAUGGACUUUACAGGUUUUGUCAAAAGGAGCACUACCCAAUCUUGAAGUCAUCUAACUUUUUUGUUGAAACUAAUCAAUAUCUGCAACAAAACCUGCAAUUUUGCCUGCUUUCAGGUAGAGUUUAUAUUGGUUAAUUUGGUGAUCCAAUGAUGAUUGAUGAUGAUGAUGCCUGUGCUACAGUGAUAUCAGGCCUCUCUGGAAAUGGUUGGUGUUUUGUGGGAUUCUUGAGCAUAACCAGGUUGAAAUGUAAAGAUCUACAAUAAUGCCAAGAUUAAGAGGUGCAACGGCUUUUGGGAAUUGGGAAUCAUGAAAGAAAUGUGAAGAGAAGAGAGGCCGAUUGCAUUUGCAUGACAUGAGAGGAAGGAGAAGGGUUGUUGGAAUUUGGAAAUGGGAAUUGUUUGGAGUUUUUUGGGUAAUAAUUGCUCAUGUUUAAAGAUAUAAUAAAGUGAUAUUUAAGAUUUGCUUUGAGCAUAUAACUAUUUGGGAGUUUAUUGUAUUCUAUUUCUAACUAUAAACCGGUUU